AUGACGCCGAGCGGCGCCACUACGGAGCUCUGCUCUGAUCCAUGGUACCAGCGACGGCUGGAGGAGAAUAGAACCGGUUCCAGAUGGUUCUGUCUGACAUGUUGUCCUGGUUCUGUCCCUAUAGAACCGGUUCCAGAUGGUUCUAACCGGUUCCACCUGCAGAUGGCAAUGGGCGUCCCAGACUCGGCCCUGUCAGCGCUGCUGUUGGCGGUGUUGCGGCGUUCCGGUUGGCUGGAGGGAACCGUGGUUCUGUGCCGGGGCUGGGAGGAGGCCCGCGGGCUGCUGAGGCGGCUGGACGGCGCCGAUGACAGCAGAGCAUCAUGGGACGGAGGCGGGCCCGGCUGGCGCGUUCGCGCCGUCUUGAACCUGACGCAGUCGGCACACGACGACACGCAGAUCCACGACUUCCUCUCGCGCCACUUCGGGCAGAACCCAGCGGUCCCGGCGGCCGUGCUGCUGUUCGGCGCCGAGCCGCAGUGCGCGGCGGCCGUGCUGCGCGGCGCCCAGGAUCUGGGCCUCACGCUACCCAUGAUGCACUGGGUGCUGGGCCAGCCGCUGCGGCCCGACGCGCUGCACGCCAUCGGCCUGCCGCUCGGCCUGCUGGCCUACGGAGAGGUGGAGCGCAAGCCGCUGGACUUCUACGUCACCGACGCUCUGACGCUCGUCAGCCGAGCCGUCGGCGCCGCGGCCGCUGUUAGACCGGACCUGGCGCUGAGCCAGAACACGCUGCGCUGCCACGACACACCGCCGCCCGGAGGGCACUUCCUGUCCAGGUUCCUGUCCAACACCUCCUUCUCCGGGCUGACUGGUCCGGUGCGAGUGCAUCCGAACCGCUCGGAGGUCGUGAACUCGCAGCAGUUCCACAUCUGGAGUCUGCGGCGGGACGCGCUGGGCCAGCCCAGCUGGGUAACGGUGGGCCGCUGGGCUGCCGGCCGCCUCACCGUGGAGGAACAGGAAGUGUGGCGCGGACCCAAACCUCGGCAGCGCCCCGAGGGGCCGGCCGGAGACACCCGGCGCCGCUGGAGGCCGGGCACGCCGGCCGCGGGGAGCUGGGUCCGCGUGGUCACGCUGGUGGAGCAUCCCUUCGUGUUCACGCGGGACGUGGACGACGAGGGCCGCUGCCCUGCCGGACAGUUCUGCCUGGACGCCGGCGCCAACAGCUCCGACGCUCUGGAGAGAUACUUCCGGGACGUGGCGGGCGGGAACAGCAGCUUCCUGCCCGCAGGGUUCAGCAAGUGUUGCUACGGUUACUGCGUGGACCUGCUGGAGAAGCUGGCGGAGGAUCUGGGCUUCCAGUUCGAGCUUUACAUCGUGGGCGACGGGAAGUACGGUGCGUGGAAGGGCGGGCGCUGGACGGGGCUGGUGGGGGAUCUGCUGGGCGGGCUUGCAGACAUGGCCGCCGCCUCCUUUAGCAUCAACUCGGCGCGCAGCCGCGUCAUCGACUUCACCUCGCCCUUCUUCUCCACCAGCCUGGGCAUCCUGGUGCGCAGCAAGGACACGGCGGCGCCCAUCGGCGCCUUCAUGUGGCCGCUGCACUGGUCGAUGUGGGUGGGCAUCUUCGCGGCACUGCACAUCACCGCGCUCUUCCUCACGCUGUACGAGUGGAAGAGUCCGUACGGCAUGACGCCGCACGGACGUAACCGCAUCCGUGUGUUCUCGUACUCCUCGGCGCUGAACCUGUGCUACGCCAUCCUGUUCGGACGCACCGUCGCCUCCAAGACGCCAAAGUGUUGGACGGGCCGGUUCCUGAUGAACCUGUGGGCCAUCUUCUGCCUGCUGGUGCUGUCCAGCUACACGGCCAACCUCGCCGCCGUCAUGGUAGGAGAGAAAACCUUUGAGGAAGUGUCGGGAAUCCACGACGCAAAGCUGCACCAUUCGUCGCGGGGAUUCCGUUUCGGGACAGUGAGGGAGAGCAGCGCCGAGGAUUACAUGAAGAAGAGUUUCCCCGAGAUGCACGAGUACAUGAGGCGCUUCAACGAGCCGACCACGCCACAAGGGGUCGCCACGCUCAAGACAGAUCCUCCCCAGCUGGACGCCUUCAUCAUGGACAAAGCUCUGCUGGACUACGAGGUCUCCAUCGACGCCGACUGCAAACUGGCAACUGUCGGGAAACCGUUCGCCAUCGAGGGUUACGGUAUCGGUCUCCCCCAGAACUCUCCUCUGACCUCCAACGUCUCGGAGUUCAUCAGCAGAUAUAAGUCGGAGGGUUUCAUGGAUCUGCUGCACGACAAGUGGUACAAAGUGGUUCCCUGUGGAAACCGCGUGUUCGCCGUCACUGAGACUCUCCAGAUGGGGAUCAGCCAUUUCUCGGGUCUGUUCGUGUUGCUGUGUGUGGGCGUGGCCGGAGCGCUGCUGACUCUCGCCGGAGAACACGCCUUCUACCAACUCGUCCUGCCGCACAUCCGCCGCCGCCAGAACCUCAAAUACUGGCUUCACACGUCACAGAAGAUCCACCGUGCUCUGAACAUGACAUAUGAAGACGUGAAGAAGCAGCGAGCUGACAAAGACAAAAGCUGUAACCUGGAGAAGUCUCAGCCCCCCCCGGGGCCCCCCGCCCCUCCAGCCCCCGGAGCCUCGGCCAAGUGGAACAACGAGGCCAGUAAGGACGCUGCCGCCACUGCCGCCGCUAAGGAUGCCCGAGACUUCAAGCGAGUCCACUUCAAUCUGGAGACCCUCAACACGCGCCGCCUGCUCGCUCGCAUCGCUACUUCUGAAGCCAAGGGAGGCGUGGCCAAACCUGACCGGGUGGGGGCAGCCACGCUGAGGGCGGGGCCUAACAGCAGACUGGGGGAAGGGGCGGGGCCUAACAGCAGACUUUGUGAGAACGGAGGACCGGGGGCUUCUCUGGCCAGCCUGGUGCUCUCCCUUCCCUCCUCCUCCUCCUCCUCUGCUUCCUGCUCCACCCGCCACAGUUUACCCAACACGUCUACGGCUGGAGCCCCGCCCCCAGCAGCUGGAGCCCCGCCCCCAGCGGCGAUGGAGCCGCCUCGGCCCGGCGAGCUUCAGGAGCUUCAGGAACAGAUCAAUGAAAUGAGGGACAAACUGAGGACGGCGUUAGCCAGGAGGGCCAACAUCCAGACUUCUCUGAACAAACCUGUUGCCACGGUGACAGACAACAUGACAACAGCAAUAGGAGCCACGGCCACUGGCGCCCCGCCCACUGACGCCACGCCCACUGGCGCCCCGGUAACACCUUUCCCUGCUAACAUGAAAAGCGUGACGACCAUGACGGACCCGCCUCACAAAGUCCUGUCCAAAGUCCGGCCCUUCCACAGCAGAACGACCAAUCAGAGGAGGUGA